AUGCGCUUCGGCCCUGCUCGGGCGUUCGCUCUCGGCGCUCGCGGAUUUGCGAGCCGCCCGCCCGCCGUGCUCUCCAUUCAGUCCCACGUCUGCUAUGGCGCCGCUGGCAAUUCGGCGGCAGUCUUCCCGAUGAGGCGGCUAGGGGUUGAGGUUUGGCCUGUCAACACCGUCCAAUUCUCGAAUCAUACGCAGUACGCCGAGGGAUGGGAGGGGCUUCCGACACCGACUGAGCAGAUUGGUCUUCUUGCCAAGGGCAUCGAGCGGAUCGGUGCACUCGGCCGGUGCAGCGCAAUCCUCUCGGGGUAUCUCGGCACCGAGGAGCAGGGCGGCGCUGUGCUGGACGUUGUGCGUCGUGUCAAGGCGGCGAACCCCGCGGCGAUCUACUGCUGCGACCCGGUGAUGGGCCACCCCGCCAAGGGCUGUGUCGUGCCAGAGGGCGUGCAGAGGCACCAUGCCGAGGCCAGCGCCGCGAGCGCCGACGUGCUGUGUCCAAACGUGCUCGAGCUCGGCGUGAUGACGGGAUCCGAGCCAGACACGCCGCAGGCGGUCGUCCGCGCCGCUCGGGCUCUACUUGGCGCAGGCUCCGCCCGCCUCGUGCUGGUGAAGCACCUCGCCCACGCUGGCCUGUCUCCCGACGACUCGUUCGAGAUGCUGCUGGUGGGCCACGAGGAGGCGUGGCACAUCGCGACGCCGCUGCUGCCCUUCGGCCGACCGCCCGUCGGCGUGGGAGACCUGACCAGCGCGCUCUUCCUGGUCGGCUUGCUGCAGGGCCGCUCGCCCAAGGCCGCGCUCGAGCACACUGCCGGCGCGUAUUUCGAGGUGAUGCGCGCCACGUCCGAGGCGGAGGAGUACGAGUUGCAGCUGGUCGCCGCGCAAGACGGGCUAGUGGACCCGCCGCGCUCCUUCGAGGCGAUCGCCCUCGACGCUUGAAGAGGCAUCCGUGGAACGGAGACUCUUACACUCUGUCUCAGGCCCGCAGGUACCCGCGCCACAGCCACACACGCGCCGGCGGUGCGUCUCUCUGCACUCUGGGCACUGGGGCGCAAGCCCAAGCGCUCGACCCGAGCGCGCGCGAGGCGACAGUCUUUUUUGGUGAAAAUUAUUUGUUCCCGCC